CGAGUCCCCCCCGCUGGGGGAGUACGCCUGCCACGUCCACCUGCGCUUCUUCCUCUGCUCCCUCUACGCGCCCAUGUGCACCGACAAGGUGAGCACCAGCAUCCCCGCCUGCCGCCCCAUGUGCGAGCAGGCCCGCCACAAGUGCGUCCCCAUUAUGGAGCAGUUCAACUUUGGCUGGCCGGAGUCGCUCGACUGCGGCAAGCUGCCCACCAAGAACGACCCCAACGCUCUCUGCAUGGAGGCCCCUGAGAACGCCUCUGCCAGCGAGCCCCACAAGGGCCAGGGCAUGCUGCCCGUGGCCCCCCGGCCCUGGCCAGCAGGCACUGCCGAGGGUCGGGGACCCAACGGCCUGGGGGCCUGCGACAACCCCGAGAAGUUCCAGUACGUGGAGAAGAGCCUCUCCUGUGCACCCAAGUGCUCCCCCGGGGUGGACGUCUUCUGGUCCCGGGAAGACAAAGACUUUGCCUUCAUCUGGAUGGCUGUGUGGUCGACCUUGUGCUUCGUCUCCACCGCCUUCACGGUGCUCACCUUCCUGCUCGACCCACAUCGCUUCCAGUACCCUGAGAGACCCAUCAUCUUCCUCUCCAUGUGCUACAACGUAUACUCUGUGGCCUUCAUCAUCCGCUCGGUGGCAGGGGCCGAGAACAUCGCCUGUGACCGGGAGAAUGGGGAGCUGUAUAUCAUCCAGGAGGGGCUGGAGAGCACGGGCUGCACCAUCGUGUUCCUCAUCCUCUACUACUUUGGCAUGGCCAGCUCGCUCUGGUGGGUCAUCCUGACUCUCACUUGGUUCCUAGCUGCUGGGAAGAAGUGGGGACAUGAGGCUAUUGAAGCCCACAGCAGCUACUUCCAUAUGGCUGCCUGGGGCAUCCCAGCCAUGAAAACCAUAGUCAUCCUUACCAUGAGGAAGGUGGCAGGGGACGAGCUCACGGGGCUGUGCUAUGUGGGGAGUAUGGAUGUCAGUGCCCUGACGGGCUUUGUCCUCAUCCCGCUCUCCUGCUACCUGGUCAUCGGCACCUCCUUCAUCCUUACGGGCUUUGUUGCCCUCUUCCACAUCCGGAAGAUCAUGAAGACGGGAGGCACCAAUACGGAGAAGCUGGAGAAGCUGAUGGUGAAGAUCGGGGUCUUCUCUAUUCUCUACACUGUCCCGGCCACCUGUGUCAUCGUCUGCUACUUCUACGAGCGGCUGAACAUGGAUUACUGGAACCUUAGGGCCCUGGAGCGUGGCUGCGUGCCCCUACCUGGCAGGCGUGCCGCCAACUGCUCCUUGGAGGCCUCAGUGCCCACUGUGGCUGUCUUUAUGCUAAAGAUUUUCAUGUCCCUGGUGGUGGGUAUCACCAGCGGAGUGUGGGUAUGGAGCUCCAAGACGCUGCAGACCUGGCAGAGCCUGUGCAACAGAAAGCUGGGCAUGAGGACUAGGGGGAAGCCGUGCAGUGGGGUCAGCUGCAGCGGGGUGCACUGUCACUACAAAGCCCCGACAGUCAUGCUGCAUAUGACCAAAACAGACCCUUAUCUGGAUAACCCAACGCACGUCUAGAGUGGGGUCUGCCUCUCCCUGGGGACGACGCACCAGGAGAGCAAGUGUCACGGGUAAGGGACUAGGAGAGUGUGGCGAGAGCCUCCUGGGACUAUGGAGCAACCUCAACCAUUGGGGUCUGCUCUGGAGUGGGGCUGGCCCAUGGCAAGGGGCUGCUGCGAGGUGCAGGGAAGGGGCGAGAGCAGAGACUGAUCGGCAGAAGGGUGAACGCACACUGGUUUGGGGGUUACGAGCCCCGCGGGACCCGAAGGGAGCUCCCCCGGCACCGCUCGACCCUGACAAGUAGCUGCUUUUUCCUAGAGGUUGUUUUGUUGUUGUUGCUGUUGCCAAAUUCAGUUUCUGUUUUAAUGCUUUCUUUUGGGGGAUGGUGGGGGGGACGGAGGGGGACGGGGCAGGAAGGGGAAUAAUCCAGUUCGUGUUUAUUUAAUUCUGUAAUUUAUUUUAGAUUUUUUUUUUUUAAUCACUAGCUGCAAGGAAUGGAAAAAACAAUAAACCCUGGAUGUGUUAUUUCAA